AUGAGCAAUCAACCACCUUAUCCCCUGCACGAGUCAGUCGUUGACAGGAUUGAUCCCGAAUAUGCAGCCUUUUACAACAAGCACAUCAUCGAUAAACAACAAGUGCACCUCCAACCGGUAGAGGCCUCACGAAGCAGCGGUAUCCUCAUCCCCGGCAGUGGUCCUAUACAACCGGUCGCCAGCAUAGUCGACCACGCCAUCAAACGCAAAGAGAGCGAAGGGCCCAACGUCAAGGUUCGGUGCUUCACUCCAUUUGGCGACAAGCCAGAGAAUGGAUGGCCUGUGUGUAUUUACUACCACGGUGGCGGUUGGGUUCUCGGCACAAUAGACACUGAGAAUGUCAUCGCGUCGCAUCUUUGCGCGAGGGGGAAAUGCGUCGUCGUGGCUGUGGAUUACAGGCUGGCGCCUGAGGAUCCGUUCCCUGCGGCGGUGCAUGAUUCAUGGGAGGCUGUUCUUUGGGUCACCGGUGAUGGUAGGGACAUUCUUGGUCUAGACAUUUCAAAGUUGGCGACAGGCGGUUCUUCUGCUGGUGCAAACUUGGCAGCUAUAAUGUGUCAACGAGCGGCUGAUCGAGGAUCCCCCAGGUUCUCCCUCCAACUCCUCUCUGUCCCCGUGAUGGACAACACCGCCGACACCACCAACAACGUCUCAUGGAAGGAAAACCAAUACUCCCCUGCCCUUCCAGCACCAAAAAUGCUCUGGUACCGACAUCACUACCUCCCCAACAAGGAGGAUUGGGCGCAUCCCGAGGCUAGUCCAAUCUUCUGGAAGGGAGACUUCUCGAGAUUGCCGCCUGCUUGUUUUGUCGUCGGUGAACUCGAUGUCUUGAAAUCGGAGGGCGAGCAGUUUGCGAAGAAGUUGGAAGACGCGGGUGUCAAAGCGGAGUUAAAUGUGAUGAAGGGUCAGCCUCAUCCGUUUAUUGCGAUGGAUGCGGUGCUUGAAGCUGGGUCGAGGGCUAUCACGCUGUUUUGUGAUGCGUUGUAUAAGACCAUGUAUGAGAAGUGGUGA